AGUGUUGAAAAAAUAAAAGCGGUAAUUGUUAUUGUUAGCUUGUUAGCUAGCGGACGAACUCGGGAAAUGGAGAUAUGACAGAGUAAUAACGUCUUAUUACAUGUGCACGAUUAAGUUAUUACAAACAUAAAGUGAUGGAAGACGGAAACAGGACUGAUGCUGCUGCAUCCUCAUCCAAGAGCCACACAGGUUCCCUCCACCUGCAAACUCCAAAAAAUGAGGAUGCUUAUGAAAUAGCCAUCCCUUAUGAAGAGAGCAACUUUGAGCAGCAGGGCUUUUUCAACCAGAGUGAUCAGAAUUUUGAUGACUCUGGUCCUUCUGCUGGACCAUCUACCGUGAGCAACUCAUAUAUGGUGAUCACCAACCUGCGGACACAGCUACAGAUCUCUCUGGAGAAAAACUCUUGGCUGCAGAAAAGAAUUGAGGACCUGGAAGAGGAGAGGGACUUCCUCCGUUGCCAGCUGGACCGUUUCAUCUUUUCCACAAAGAGCCAGGCACAGGAUCAGAGUCACAGCCAGUACAGUAAUGGCUAUGAGUCUAGACGAUUUAACUGGAGGGGAAGGAGAGAUGAAGAUCGUCCUGUUGCAGAGCAACAGAAGACAGACUCACAACACUUCUCCUCACGUCAGUUUAUCCAACGAAGGCCUGCUCCUCCAACAAUGGUGCCCUCCAAAAACCACAUCUCCAGUCCAAUAACCAGUCAGCUUGCCUCUAUGAAUGCUUUGUUCAACUCGACACAGUCCCAGUCUCUUCUUCAAGGACACAGCCAUAGCACUACCAGUACCACAGCCACUGGCAGCAGUGGAGGCACUAGCAGUGCAACACGGCCAUCCAUGAAUGACAUGAGUGGACAUAGUAAUGUAGGUCCAGAUUCCCUUUCACUGCUUGGAGAACCUGAUGAGUUCUUGGAUCAGGAUAGCUACCUCGAGGAGGAGGAAAUGAUAUCAGGGGAAGAUGUACUGCCGGAUGCCAUUAACAACAACAGAUCUCCGUUAAAGAGAAGACGAGUCUUCCGACUCCCAAGAGAGAGGCAGAGAGUGAAAGAUGCUGCCGGAGUCCUGUUUCGUUACAAAAAAAUUCUUCUUACAUACCAGCGUCUGAAAAACAUGUCCAAAGCCUUCCAGAUCCAUGGUGUGGACCGCAACACAGUGGCGUCCACCACACCAAUUGCUGAGCUGCUUUUAGUAGCCCCAGAAAAGGUUGCAGAGGUGGGCGAGUUCGAUCCAUCUAAAGAGAAGUUGCUGGACUAUGCACGUCGCUGUUAUACGGCCCUGGAUGAGGAGACACUUAGUAGGGUUCAGGCCCUGAAGAAGAAUAACCUACUCCUGCCAAUUUCUUACAGGUUCAGACACUGAGGAAGAACGCAUCAGGGUAGUUUGAAAUUUUUUUACCUAUAACACUCUUGUUACAAUAUGACUCUGCUUUUAUUGGUUAAAAAUGUUGAUAUUUUAAAUUAUGCCUCCUACUAAUAUAGGAAGUGUGGUCUGCUUUCAACAAUGCUACUGUUGAAUUAUUCGGUUGUUCCACUGAGAUUUGUUCCAAACCCUACAAAAUUAUCAGCCAUAAAACACAGUGUGUCACUUCUUAUGCCUCUGGUAUUGAGGCCCUUGUAUUUUGUGUGAUAGUAAUACCUUUUGUAAAAUAUGGUACAGAUCUCUUACUAUAAUAUAGGAUAUUUGUAACACAUGCUGUGGCUUUCAGUUCUGUGAAAAAUUGUGGAUGUGACUCACAAAUUUAAAGUAUAAACUUUAACUUCAGCAAAGGCAACUACCGUGUGCAGAUGGAUGGUGUAUUAUUACUUUCCAAUACUCCACUACAAAUGCAUGUGAGAAGAGAUAUUUGAUAGUCAGUAGUUUAUUGUGAUCUUGUGAGUAUUAACAAUUUUCAAUUCAGCAAAUAUUAAUCUUAUCUUUCACAUUUUUCAUGGUACAAUAAAAAGCUCAUUUAAACUGAACAAAUGAGGCCAAAGUAAUUGAUAAUGGUUGGUUUUCUAGCAGCAUUUACUUUAAGUUAGCACUAAUAAUCUGCAAAAAUAGAUUUGAUUCUGUCUCAGUGUCACUCUCAGAUUGUAUAGCUUAAAAGCAAGUGUAGGAUGAAGUCAAACUGUUGAGAGGAAUUUGCAAAAUUAUACAAGGGUGCAGUGCUUUAAAAGUCAAUACUCUUCUCUCAUUUUUAGCAGGUAUGCACUAAUCAAAUCAUGUGUGUCUCACUGAAAAUCUGUCCAAAAUUCACCUUAUAGAUGACUGAAAUGUCAAGAGGAUAUUUGAUUUUUUUUUAAAGAGCUACUUUUCUUAACCUGUAAAAAAAACACCAGCAACUGGAAAAUGCUGAGAAUUCACCGAUUAAAUGGUUAAGAAUGAACGGUAAUCAAAACAUUAAUGUCAUACACGUUUAAGACACAACUGUAUUUAAAACAUCACAUUUCAUGUAGAAAUAGUUGAUUUCUCUUCAGGAAUAUCAGCACACAAAUAUUACCAUUGUAAGAUGCAAGUGUGUAAAUAACUAACAUUUGUUCCUGUUCCUGUAACCUAUUGUGUUCUCCUUUCACGUUUUGCCCAGACAAAGUGGCUUUACUUUGAGCACUUUAUUUUGUAAUUUUCUAUUUCUCCUAUUCAAAUAAAGUAACCUUUAGUCUUAA